AUAAUGUUAUACACAGCUGUUUUUUUUCUCGGUUUCAAUACUUACGGGAGAAUGCAGGAAACCUCCAACUACAAUCUGCACAAAAUCCAUCUCUGGACACUCAAACCAACCGCCAGAGACAUCGGUGAGAUAUUUUUUUGUGCUCCACGUUUGAUGAGGUAAUGUCUCGGAAAUAAUCAUUCCUAGUGGCAGCAAGCAGUUUAUUGAGGCUACUUUUGUUUGUAAACUUCAACCCCCCCGGCGCUGUCUCGACUUGUUUCUCGCACAAGUUGGCGAGGAAGCAUGAGGAGGGACGGAGGAAGGAGACCAGAGAGCGGGCGGCUCCGGUCAGAAAGUGUCUCGUCUGACUGAGCGUCUCCUUGAAUGGGGCGCUGUGUUUUGAUCCUCCCCGUGUUUCUGCAACAACUGUUCCUGCGGUCCGACCGGCGGAGGGGGACGAGGUGGAGGGACUCCUGCUCGGAACGCGCCGGACAACUCUGGCGGCACGUUGAGGAGACUUUUGGAGGAGAUUAUGGUCCGGGAAGGCCCGCUGCUGCUGCUGCUGCUGCCGCCGCCGCUGCUGCGUCCCCGCUGCUCCGCCAACAAAGGAAACGACUGUUGCUUCUUUCAUUUCACUCCUGCUGCCGCCGUGUGUGUGUGUGUGUUUGACUGAGAGUUUGAAGUGAGAAACACCGAUUAUCUUCACAAUUUAGCAGCAGAGUUUUAGAGUUUUUAUGAACGACGCCUGCGCGCUCACGCACCUACUCGCCCCCUUUUCCACGUGAAGUUUACUUCCAGUUUAAAGUCUUGGCACUUUUACCUGCGGCAGUUGCCCAGGUGUUCCACGGCGCAGCAGACAGUGAGCGUGCGUGUGGGUGUGUGAGGAUGGUGGAGAGCCGGAGCUGUGUCCAGAGGGAGGGGGUGUACCGCUGGUUCUCCUCCCUCACCUCAGCCCAGAGAGCGGAGUUCCUGUGCGGCCUGCUGGACCUGUGCGUCCCCGUCGAGCUCCGCUUUCUCGGCUCCUGCCUGGAGGACCUGGCCCGCAAGGACUACCACUCUCUGCGGGAUGCGGAGAUCAAGGCCAACAACCCCGCCGACCUGUCGGGCCUCACCAACAUCACGGACGAGGUGGUGCGCAGCAAGCUGCUGGUGUCGCUCGCCCUGCUCGGCUCGGACAACCGGGAGGCCGCCGGGGUCCUGUACCGGACCCUGACCCACAUAGACACGGUGAUCAAUAACUACGGCCUGGCGCUGAACGACGGGAGGACAGAGGAGCAGUUCCUGCUGCUGUUCACCAUGGCCUCCAACCACCCGGCCUUCAGCUUCCACCAGAAGCAGGUGCUGAGGCAGCAGCUCAGCCAGAUCCAGGACAUCCUGCAGGUGAGUAGUGGAGGAGGAACAGGAGAGGCCCAAUCAGCGGGUCCCGACGGUGACCGAGCUGCCGCCUGCUACUCUCAGCCUCAUCAGUACUAUCACCAUUCGACCGUGCCUCUGCCUCUGGCCUCUUUCUCCUCCGCUGGCUGCUCCCCGGCGGCGGACACCACCAGCGGCACCUGCCUGCCUCUGUCUGCCUGCCAAGCACACUGCACCUGCUGGCACAAGAGUCAAACCAGAGAGGCCGGCGCAGUCUCUGGAGUCACCGUGGGACAAGGAGAGCAAGCGAUCAGCCAGGAGCUCCCCUCUCCUCACCCAGACCUCCGUCCCCCUCCUCUUCCUCCUCCUCCACCUCCUCUACCACCACCACCACCGCCGCCGCCUCCACCCCACCUGCCUCCUUCUCUACCUGCUGGACAAAGCCAGGAUGCAGCAGCAGCACCAACCACCAAGAGCCACCAGGGGAAAGCAGGCAAAGCAGCAGCAGCGAUUGAGAGGGUGGUGCUGAAAGCGGUGACACGAAAGUCUGAAGAUGCCGGCGAAUAUGUGUUCGAGGUGAGCUGGGCUGAUGGGUUCAUGAUGUCCGUUGUGAGAAGUCAACAGGAGGUCACAGAGCUGAUAUCCAAGCUGUCACAGGCGUUUCCUGAUGAAGGAGUCGAGAAGUUCUUCCCUCAGUCUGUAGAUCUGGACGCAAGGUGUCUGACAGCGCUGCCCUGCCAUGUCCUCCAACACCACAGCGUCCAGCUGUUCUUCACCUCCACCAGGCCUCUCUCAUCCAACUGUCCCUCCUCUCCCCCCUCCUCCGUACCACCGCUACCAUCCUCCCUUCCACGCACUCCUGUAGCACCAACCUGCACACUCACCUCCAGCUCGAAUCCUGGCUGUGUGGUGCAGCACAAAGGAACCAACAGGGCGGUGUACCGAGUGGCCAGCGUCCAGCCCGUCGUCAGCACCCACAGCUCCGUCUUGACUCGCUCCACUCCUCACCUCUCCUCCCUCCCUCCCCCUCUCCCUCCUUCCAUUCCUCCUCCGCAGCACUCCCCUCAGCUCUCCACCCUCCCUCCCCCAAUCCCAGGCAUGGCCAUGCGGGGUCCCGCGGCCAUCGGAGGAGACACCCCCACCCAGCCUCAUCCCCAGCACAAUCAGCCGCUCUCGUACUCUCAGCUCCAUCAGCACCACCUUCAUCCGCAAGCCGGCGGCCUCCCCAGUACGCAGCCUCAGUCCCUGCACCUGUCCCACUCCCAGCCAGCGUCCCACUCACACUCCCAGUCCCGUUCCCAGUCUCACCCUCAGCCACCGUCCCAGUCUCAGGCCAGCGCGCCGGAGCAGAACGGCAUCCUGGACUGGCUCCGCAGGCUUCGGCUCCACAAGUACUACCCGGUCUUCAAGCAGCUCACCAUGGAGGAAUUUUUAGCGCUGACAGAGGAGGACCUGAACAAGUACGACCUGACGCAAGGGGCGAAGAAGAAGCUCAAGACCCAACUAGAGCUACAGAAGUCAGCAGACAGGGAGAUGAAGAUGGAGAAGCGGCCCUGCAGCGGCAUUGCCAGGGUGACACCUUCCAGUCACAUGGGACCAGCUCACCCCACCUCCACUGCAGGAGAGCUGCGGGUGGAAGUGGACGCCGUGCCGCACCAUCACCCGGUGUCCACAGACAGCAGCUCGUCCUCGGGCUACUCCAGCUCUCCCUGCUCCCCUCGGACGCCUCACUGCUGUGACGCCACUUUCGACAGAACCAGGGACAUUCACAGGCGUGUGUCGGCUCCGGAUGCAGCAGCAGGAGGAGGAGGAGGAGGAGGAGGCGUUAGUGGAGGAGGAGGAGAUAAGGACCGGCCCUGCCUCUUCCUCCUGAACUCCAGCUGCCCCACAGUCUCCAGUCGCCCCACAGCCCAGGUCCUGCCCGUCCAAACCGAUCCAGCUCCUCCUCCUCCUCCUCACCCUCCCUCCUCCCACCUCCCCUUCGCCCUCCCCCAGUCUCCCUACCACCCGCAGGCCAGUUACCCGCAGACUCUCCUCUCCCCCGUCUCGAACCCAGCACGCAUCCUCACCUCCCCGCGUAAACCCCGCCCCCCUCCGCUGUGCACCGAGGACCGGACUAAGCCGCUGGGCCUGGGUCUCCCUGCGGCCGGGGCGGGCUUCGGCUCGGGGCUCGGUGUCGGGGUGAGGCUGGAGAAUCUGUUGCCCGCUCUCAACAUGGACGGCUCCUCCGGGCUCCAGGACUCGGUGGUUUGUCGAGGCCUGGCAGGAGGUGCUGUGGGUCUGAUGGUGGAAACCAGUUCUGCCCUGACCUCCACCUCCAACAGCCUCCACCACGUCUCCCACCCGCCUCUCCACUUCCACCUCUCGUCCUCCCCCUCUGGAUACUUCUCCCCCACUCCCACCUCCUCUACCUCGUCUUCCUUCUCUUCUUUGUCCUCUUCCUCGUCUUCCUGCACCUCCUCAAAGUCCGGCUCCCAGUCCAGUGGCGGAGGUGGCUACGUUUCCAUGGCGACGCCGAGCUCCGUUCCCGUGGCCGCCGUUCCGGGGAACACCUACUACCCUGCCCAGCCCACCUCCAGCCCCUCCCCCUCCCCACCCUCCGCCUCUUCGUUGGAUCAGAGUUCAGGACACGGCGCUUCCGUGUGUGUUUGCAGCUCCUGCGGUUGCCGGGGGAACUGCGGCGCCUACGGGGCGUUGCCUGGAUACGCAGCAGCCGGCUACCUGCAGCCCUUCUCGGCUGGGCCCUCCCUCUUCACCCUGGGGCCUGUGCUCCACCUCAGCCCCCUGAUAGCCUCGUCCAGCGCCGCCGGCUCCGGAGCGGCGCCGUUCUCCUACCCGAUGAUGGUGCCGCCGCCGCUCUACCGCCACAGCCCCGUGUCGCACGACCAGCAGCAGCAGCAGAGCUUUAGCUUCUACCAGCCGCAUGGCACGCUGGGAAAUGGAGGCCAGAAACGGGCGGCGGGGAACCUGUCGUGUUAUAACUGCGGUGCCAACGGACACAGAGCAGAGGACUGCAAACAGCCGUCCAUGGACUCGGCGCAGCAGGGGACAUUUCGGCUGAAGUACACUCCUCGCUCCGACAGCAAGGACUCAGGGGACUAACCCGUGGAAGCAGCAGUGGAUUUUAGCGGUCAUGCUCCUGACACAAGUGGUACCUCAUGUUCCAGCUGACGGCAGCUGGCGGCAGCUCCCGAAAAAAAAAAAAAGCCCACGAGGAGACGGCAAGCAGACUUCUGAGGGCCCGCGAGAGUCUCUUCAAAGGCUGAUGAUUUGAAAGCUCAGGCACCUUGUGUCCUUCUAAUUCUUUUUACAGCCGGGAUGAGAGGAUGAUAGAGAUUAAGACUCACCUCUGGAGAGCUGGACUUUUGUACAAACUCAACAGGAACACUAUAGACAAUCACUCAGAUUACCUUCAGUGUUGCACGAGUCUCAAAAGCAGCUUCUCGUCUUGGAGAUGUUCUAAAAACCAAAGGCAAAGCACUCCAGCGUCCACAUGAAGAGGAACCUGGACAAGUGUCACAGCAAAUUAAACACCCACUGUGACAGACUGGAGGCUUUAGAGUAGUCUUGAUUUCUUUGUUGUUAAAUGUUUCAUUCAACAACUAACACUUCUCUUCUGUGUGUUGUGUGAUCAGGUCUUGGCUCAUUGCUCUUCUAGGAUGACUGUCGCUCAAAGAGUCCACUUUAGUCGACACAUUUGACCCCAAAAAAAACUCAAAACAUUGGAAAACCCCUCGAUACCCGUGACAACCUUUUUUUUGCAAGGAGCUUCAAUCAUACACCUGUUUCCUUCUCUCUUUUAUACAUAUAUAUAGAGAUUAAAAAAAUAAGGCUCCAUUCUUCAGCUACUAGUCUAAUUAAUAUACAUCCAGUGCCUUAUUUUAUACCCAGUCUGAGUGAUCUGCGUCCUUCCUACCUCUGAGCCAACCUGAGAGCAAAGUGCCUUCUGUGCCAAAUAGUGUUCCUCCAAACCAGGACAGAACAGUCAGGUCAGGUUGAAAUAUUUUUCAAAAAGUUAAAUCGUAAAGCAAGUGUCAGUUUUCUCUUCAUUCAGUUUCACUGGUAUUUAUUUUCAUAUUUUUUAGUGGCUGAACCAAACACUACUUGGAGCUGCCUCUGUGCAUUUUUUUUUUGUUUGUUUUUAUUGUGUGUGUGUGUGUGUGUGUGUGAUUGUGUGUGUGUCUACAAUCUUUAUUCAAAAGUAAAUGGAGAAUUGUAGGAACAGGAAGUGUUUCAAAGUGCGUGUUCGAGUCUCAGAGUGUGUUGAGUUGCUGGGCAGGACCCGGAGAACUGACGAGACACGAGGACAGCUGGUCCUUCAGAUGAAACUGUAUCUGUCCCCCUGGAGGGAACGGCACAGGGUCGUGAGAUGUUUAUUUAAAACGGUAAAUACCGAGUAUGUGUAACAACUUCUGUCUGUUGUUUGAAAUAUGUCACAUUGUACUUUUUUUUUUAUUGUUGUUUCGGGUUUCGUGUGUGGGACUGAAAUUCAAGCAGCCGGUAUUCAGUUACUGAGAUGAAUAUGAAUUUAGAAGUCAACACAUAAAACGCUUUUCUGUAGUUACAUAAAAGAAGAAAAUUUCCUGAAACUUUAUUUCAUUAUUUUUAUAGCUCGCGCCAAAGAAGAGCGUCUUUGGACGUUGUUUGGACACUUUUUGUAGGUUUUACUUCUAAGCUCACACUCGUGCUUCAGCCUGCAUGUUGCUUUGUCUCUGGUUAAAAUCGCUUUUGAAAUAUUUUUGUGCAGGUGUUUGAACACAGUUUAUAAUCACUUUUAUAUUUGCCUGUGUUUUGUCUAAAAUUUGAUGGAAAGUUAAAAAAAAAAAAAACUAUUAAAAUAUUUUUGGAUUCUUCUUUUC